GACUCGUCGUUGCGGCGUUGGCGGCGGGAGAGACGGUGAGGGGCGGGAGGCCCGGAGCAUCUCGAAGCUGUGUCCUCGGGCCUCUGGACGGAGUGGAGAGCGCUGGGAAGGGUCUGUAGGAGAGGAUCGGUCGUGGGCUCUGAGGGGCCGGGAAGGAGCGGCCGGUUUCUGGAGCUGGAGCGUCAGAGUCGGGGUCUUCCGCGGGCAGCGAUGAAGCUCGUGCUUCUGGCUGUGUUUGCCCUGGUGUCUGUGGCUCACUGUGAGGAUGGUGCCAGGCUCCUGGCCUCCAAAUCCCUGUUAAACAGAUAUGCAGUGGAGGGCAAGGACUUGACUUUGCAGUACAACAUCUACAACGUUGGCUCCAGCGCUGCCCUAGAUGUGGAGCUGUCGGAUGAUUCCUUCCCCCCAGAAGAUUUUGGCAUCGUCUCUGGCAUGCUCAAUGUCAAGUGGGACAGGAUUGCUCCAGCGAGCAACGUGUCCCACACCGUGGUUCUACGGCCUCUCAAAGCUGGCUACUUCAACUUCACCUCUGCCACCAUCACUUACCUGGCCCAGGAGGGUGCACAGGUUGUGGUUGGCUUCACUAGUGCUCCCGGGCAGGGAGGAAUCCUGGCUCAGCGCGACUUCGACAGGAGGUUCUCCCCUCACUUUCUGGACUGGGCAGCAUUUGGUGUGAUGACCCUGCCGUCCAUCGGGAUCCCCCUGCUGCUCUGGUACUCGAGCAAGAGGAAGUAUGACACCCCCAAGACCAAAAAGAACUGAGCAGAGUCAAAUGCCACCAGCAUCCCAGAGCUUGGGAAAGGACAACCCUGAAUCAUCAAGAACAGUGGCUGGGUCGGGGUGGCACCGUUCCCUGAGAGGUGCUGCCUAUGCUGCGCUUUCAGCCCUCUGGGCAAAGGAUUUGGUGGCUGCAGCAGCAGCGAUGAGGUGUCCUCUGUGUUCUAAUGGAGAAACAAGAAAACAGAAAAAAGAACAACUAAAAGUCCCAAACUGCCUUGGAGACAGAUCUCUUCUUUCCUCUGCAGCUGCAGCAAUACAUAUGUAGGAACAGUG